AUGCCCCCCCAAUUUUGGGCCGCAGCCCCCAAGGCCGCUGCGGCCGAGUCGUCCCUCAGUGUGGAGGAAACCAACAAACUCCGCGCCAAGCUGGGGCUGAAGCCGCUGGAGACAACAACCGUCAAGAAAGAAGCCGGGACCAAGGAGGACCCAGUGGCGGCCGACGUCAUCAACCCGCUGGUGCAGCGGCAGCGGGAGGAGAUCCGGGAGAAGUUGGCAGCCGCCAAGGAGAAACGUCUCCUCAACCAGAAAUUAGGGAAGAUCAAAACAUUGGGGGAGGACGACCCGUGGCUGGACGAUGCGGCCGCCUGGAUUGAGAGGAGUCGGAAGCUGCAGCAGGAGAAAGAGCUGGCGGAGAAGAGGGCCAAGCUGCUGGAGGAGAUGGACCAGGAGUUUGGUGUCAGCACCCUGGUAGAGGAGGAAUUCAUGAGAAGGAAGAGGGACCUCUACAGCUCACGGGACCUGCAGGGGCUGACGGUGGAGCAUGACAUGGGGGCCUUCCGGGAGGGGGAGACCCUCGUCCUCACCCUCAAGGACAAAGGGGUGCUGGAGGAGAGCGAGGACGUCCUGGUGAACGUCACCUUGGUGGCCGAGGAACAGGCGCAGGAGAACGCCGAGCUGCGCAAGAAGAAGCCCCCCUACGUCCCCUACGAGGACGAGGACCCUGCUGCCGCCACCCAGGGCCCCAAGGAACACGUGGUGCUCCCCAAAUACGCUGAGCCCCCCCAGCGUCCCUCCUUCCGCCUGGGCCCGGGGGGGACGCAGGGGACAACGGGGGUAGCCGGCGGUGGCCUUGGGGACCCCCGGCAGCAGUCCCCCGCCACCGGCCCUGCCCCCCAAAGCCUGGAGCUGCCCCCCCUCCGCCUGGCCCCCGAGUACCUGACACCCCAGGAGAUGAGCGUGACUUUCCGGAAGACGCGACGCCGGGUGCGACGGCUCCGGCGGAAGGAGAAGCCCCUUCGCGCCGACGACCUCCUGCCCCUGGCCCCAGGGGACACCCGUGGGGACUUUGGCUCCAGGUGGGCCCUGGAGCGGGCAGGGCGCCCCUCGCCUCCAGGGGCCCCUGACUCGGAAGGGGAGGAGAAUGUGGGCUGGAGCAGCGUCAACCUGGCGGAGGAGCGGCAGCACCAGGAUUUCUCAGCCUCCUCCACCACCAUCCUUGACGAGGAGCCGAUUGUUAACCGGGGCCUGGCUGCUGCCCUGCUGCUCUGCCAGAACAAAGGGCUGCUGGAGACGACGGUGCAGAAGGUGGCGAGGGUGAAAGCCCCCAACAAGUCCCUGCCCUCGGCUGUCUACUGCAUUGAGGACAAGAUGGCCAUCGAUGACAAGUACAGCCGGCGCGAGGAAUACCGCGGCUUCACGCAGGACUUCAAGGAGAAAGAGGGCUACCGCCCCGAUGUCAAGAUCGAGUACGUGGACGAGACCGGCCGCAAGCUGACACCCAAGGAGGCGUUCCGGCAGCUCUCCCAUCGCUUCCACGGCAAAGGCUCCGGGAAGAUGAAGACGGAGCGGAGGAUGAAGAAGUUAGAUGAAGAGGCGCUGCUGAAGAAGAUGAGUUCCAGUGACACCCCCCUGGGGACGGUGGCCCUGCUGCAGGAGAAACAGAAAGCCCAGAAGACGCCCUACAUCGUUCUCAGCGGCAGCGGGAAGAGCAUGAAUGCGGUGACAAGAUCGGGGACAGUGCUGGGAUAA